UCCCGAUCGAGCUCCGGGCGCCGGCUGGAGCAACGUCGCGGGACGGCGUGAGCGAGCACACCCGGCCGUGCUGACAGGACCGGCAGAGGUGGCCACUGCCCUCGUCCCCAGCCCGCACUCCUGGGUGAAGGCUGACGCUGAACAGGGUGCUGUGGGCCCGGAAGCGCCCAUGCCUGAGAGCGUCCAGGACCAGGCAGAGCUGGGCCUUGAGGGCCCUUGGGCCAGUGUAUGUCUGCAGGGAGCCCCCGGUAGCCACUCGGAUCAGCCCGAGGGAAGAUUCUGGACGAGACCGUGGCCGUCCCCCGGGUGGCCCAUGGACAGCAGCAGGGGCUCCCAGGAGUGGCCAGGCCCUGCCCGCCCACCAUGCUGCAGUGUAGACCCGCACAGGAGUUCAGCUUCGGGCCCCGGGCCCUGAAGGACGCUCUGGUCUCCACUGACGCAGCCCUGCAGCAGCUGUAUGUGUCCGCCUUCUCCCCUGCCGAGCGGCUCUUCCUGGCCGAGGCCUACAACCCGCAGAGGACGCUCUUCUGCACCCUGCUCAUCCGCACGGGCUUCGACUGGCUCCUGAGCCGACCCGAGGCCCCCGAGGACUUCCAGACCUUCCACGCCUCCCUGCAGCACCGGAAGCCCCGCCUAGCUCGGAAGCACAUCUACCUACAGCCGAUAGACCUGAGCGAGGAGCCGGUGGGAAGCUCCCUGCUGCACCAGCUGUGCAGCUGCACGGAGGCUUUCUUCCUGGGCCUGCGUGUCAAGUGCCUGCCGUCGGUGGCAGCCGCGUCCAUCCGCUGCUCCUCGCGGCCCAGCCGGGACUCUGACAGGCUCCAGCUCCACACAGACGGCAUCCUGUCCUUCUUGAAGAACAACAAGCCAGGGGACGCACUGUGUGUGCUGGGCCUCACGCUGUCUGACCUGUACCCCCACGAGGCCUGGAGCUUCACCUUCAGCAAGUUCCUUCCAGGGCACGAAGUGGGCGUCUGCAGCUUCGCCCGGUUCUCAGGGGAAUUCCCGAAGUCAGGGCCCAGCGCCCCUGAUCCGGCCCUGGUAGAGGCAGCAGCAGACGGCCCCGAGGCGCCCCUGCAGGACAGGGGCUGGGCCCUGUGCUUCAGUGCCCUGGGGAUGGUUCAGUGCUGCAAGGUCACGUGCCACGAGCUCUGCCACCUUCUGGGCCUGGGGAACUGCCGCUGGCUCCGCUGCCUCAUGCAGGGUGCGCUCAGCCUGGACGAGGCCCUGCGGCGGCCCCUGGACCUCUGUCCCAUCUGCCUGAGGAAGCUGCAGCAUGUCCUGGGUUUCAGGCUCAUCGAGAGGUACCAGAGACUCUACACCUGGACUCAGGCGGUGGUGGGGACGUGGCCCAGCCGGGAGGCUGGGGAGCCGUCAGUGUGGGAGGACACCCCGCCUGCCAGCGCCGACUCGGGCAUGUGCUGUGAGAGUGACUCGGAACCUGGCACCAGCGUGUCGGAGCCCCUCACCCCUGAUGCCUGGAGUCACACCUUCGCCUCGGGGCCAGAGGAAGGGCUGAGCUACCUGGCGGCCUCAGAGGCUCCUCUGCCACCUGGGGGCCCUGCGGAGGCCAUCAAGGAGCACGAACGGUGGCUGGCCAUGUGCAUCCAGGCCCUGCAGCGGGAAGUGGCGGAGGAGGACCUGGUGCAGGUGGACAGAGCCGUGGACGCCCUCGACCGCUGGGAGAUGUUCACCGGCCAGCUCCCGGCCACCAGGCAGGACCCACCCAGCAGCAGGGACAGCGUGGGGCUGCGCAAGGUGCUGGGGGACAAGUUCUCCUCCCUGAGGAGGAAGCUGAGUGCCCGAAAACUCACCAGAGCAGAGUCGGCCCCCUGUCCCUGGGAUGGGGAAGAGAGUUAGUACAGCAGGGGCUGCCCUACGUCUCCUUCCCUAAGGAUGCUGACCAGCACUGUCCAGUAGCUGAGGCCACUACUGACCUGCCAGGGAUUAAGAGGAAGGGUCUGCCUGGGUGGUGGCUCAGGCCUGUGAUCCCAUCACUUUGAGAGGCCAAGGCGGGGGGAAUCGCCUGAGGCCAGGAGUUUGAGACCAGACUGGGCAACAUGGUGAGAGACUCUGCCUCUACAAAAGAAAAAUUAAAAAAUUAGCUGGAUGAAGUGGUUCAUGCCUGUGUUCCCAGCUAUUCAGGAGGCUGAGGUGGGAGGAUUGCUUGAGCCUAGGAGGUCGAGGCUGCAGUGGGAUGUGAUCAUACCAAUGUACUGCAGUCUGGGCCACACAGCAAGACUGUCUCCGAAAAAAAAAAAAAAAGUUCUUUAGAGAAGCCACAGACCACCUGUCUUCAGGCGCCUCCUUCAACUCCUGUGUCCCAGCCAGCCGCUCCCAGGGGCCUGCACACAUGGAGAGGCCUCCCUGCUCCUGGGUGCUUCUCGUGGAGUACAACCCGGACUGUGCUGAGGUUGGGACAGAACCCCCUCCCCUGCAGAGGCAGAAGUAAGCAGCGUGCGUCCUGUCUCCUUCCAGGCUGUGGGCCUGCCCUUCAGUUAUUUCUGUCUCCUUCCAGGCUGUGGGCCUGCCCUUCAGUUAUUUAUAGCUGGAGCUGGAGAGGCCGGCUCAGAUGAGGAGUGACCCCGGGGGCACACGGGCUCCACGCUGCCACCCAGCUUCCAAGGCUGAGUCUCCUCCCUAAGGGGGAAGUGACGGGGUUUUGUCUCUAUCUCAGGUGUCAACCACAUGCACACACACAGUGUCACGUUCUGUGGCGCUAACAGCAUCCUGAUCCUGACGGACUUCACCGGGGCUCUCCAGGCAUCUCUUCUGACAAACACUGCAGGAGGUGAGGGUGUCUGACAUGCACUGAGGGCAGAGGCCCCCUUAUUCCUGAGGCGGCUGCAGCUCACCGUGGGGAAGAUCAACUGCGGUGAUGUUUUUGGGACAGUUUCUUGGCAAAGGCGGCCGCGCUGUCAGUACCAAGUAGCUGGAGGUGGUGAUCAGAUGAUCAGUCUCUCUUUUUUUUUGGUCUAGUUCUGUCAGUUGCUGAGAGAGGGGUAUUAUUGCCAUGGCUGGGCAUUUGAUCUCCCUUUAGUUUUGCCGGAUUUUGCUUCCUGCACUUUGAAGCUCCUUUACGUCCAUGCACAUUUGAUUGUUGUGUCUUCCUGAUGAAUUGACCCUUUUAUUGUCACACGUACCCCCUCAGCCUGCGGUGGAGGGUCUCAGGGAGAGAGACUUCCGGUUCUGACAGCGGAAUCCCUUCGGAGUGACAGGGCGCGCGAGCUGUGACCCCGCCCUUCAUCUGGAGAGAGGCAAGAACAGGGCAGCUUGGACCAUUUGUGGGUGGGUGGCUCACACAGUUAUGGAGGGCUUCUAGGAAAAACAAAAUACAAAACUAAAACUAGAAGGGCUAUGCAGGUGAGGUGGGCUGAGGCUUCCUUGUGAAUCUGACAUUGGUGGAGGCCGACUGUAGGCUCCCGGUCCUGGUCCCAGUCCGUGUUGACUUCAGAGAAGCAAAGAUGCAGCUCAGAAGUAGCAUUAGGAUCUUCGUCCCGUUCUCUUUUGUGUAGCUUCAAAGAGGCAUGACAGUGACCUGGGAGGGGAGAUGAAGAGCUAGGCCUUUCAGAAAGUGACCAGUGGAAGGUGCCGGCAGAGCGCCCUGCAGUAACAGAAGGUGAAAGCCGGAGUCUGGUGGCUGUUGCUGCAAACAAACCACCCAAAACUUCGUGGCUUAAAAUCACCACAGUCUAGCUCAUGAAUCUGUAACUUGGGCAGAGCUCGGUGGAGACGGUUUGCCCCUGUGGCUCGACUGGAGGGUUCGUUCACACGGCUGCCAAGUGGAAGUUGGCUGGGAAUCUCAGGCCUUGGUUCCUGCCCACUUGAGACUCUCCAUGGAGGAGGGGCAUCUUCUUAGGAAGGCAGCUGCCAUAUUGUGAGGAAACCGGACAAACAGGGCAGCCAGAGCCAGAGAGCAGGCUCCUGGUCCCAGUCCCGGAAAAUGCAAAGGGACAAGUAUGUGUCGAUUUCAGAGAAGCUCAGAUGUAGCAUUAGGACCUUCAUCCAUACCCUUCUCUUUUGCAUGGCUUCUAAGGGGCAUGACAGUGACCUGGGAGGUAACUGUGCCAGAAUAAAGAGGGGAGAUGAAAAAAGAGGGUCACUUUCAGAAAGGGACCUGGGCUUCCUCACAAUAUGGCGGUUACCCUCCUAAGGUGGACAUCAGGAAGGUCAGAUGGAAGCUCUGUGGCCUUUCAUAACUCGGCCUCACGUCACAGAGCGUCACCUUUCCUGCACUCUACUGCAGCAGUGACAAGGACCCCACCCCAGGUUCACGGGGAGGGGACGUGGCAGGGAAUGUGAGACAACAGAAUAUCGCUGUGGCCGUUCAUGAACAGUCAGCCCCACUCGGCGUUCACUGUGGGGAUUUGGCUGGUGCACCUGCGAGGUGACCUGAUCUGUUUUCCGAUUUCCUUCAUCUUCUGCAAAAGGUUAACCGCUGGAGUGAUGCGAGAUUAAACAGAGGUGAUAAAAAUAGAACAGCCUGGCUCAGGCUGAGGGUGGGAGCACACUGGGGUUAUGACCAAAGCCUCAGCGCUCUCUGUACCCGUGUCCUUUGACCCUCAGCUGUGAUGCGUGUCCCAAAAAAGCGUUUUGAAGUGGGAAGGAGCAAACCACUAAAAAAAACUCCUUUUAUCCGCAGCCUUUACCAACUUGCAGAUGUGAGUGAAAUUUUUUAAGACAGCUGUUAGGAGGACGGUUUUGAAAUGCAACUUUGAGGAAGAGAAAUUGGUUUCCCUCCUCUCCCCCGUGUUAGCCCCAGGUUCUGUCUGUGCUGUGGUGAAGAGUGACUUGGGACAGUCACCAGGAAAGACGCUAAGGCAGAGGAGAGAGAAUGAGGGCUGCCUUCUCGAGGAAGGUCACAGCUCACAAAUCUUUCUAAACUUAAGCGCGGCAGAAGUUGAACUGAGAUUAAAUUUAGAGAUGAUGGUUUCCAAGACACACAGGGCCACGGUUCUUUCAGUUUUUAAACAUGUGCAAAGUCCACUGAAUUACUUUCUCGUCUCAUCUGUCAGAAGCCCCUGAAUUCACAAGGAUGGGUCUUCCAGCUUGACGAUGACCUCUCUUCUGAGAGCCUCACCCAUCUUGGUAAGCCAAGUCAGCGGGGCCUCAUGGAGCUAAAAAUAGUUUCAGGUCAUGACAGAUGUUAUCUGUAUUGCUGUGUGUGCGAUGAGUCUGGGGAAGCUAACACGUGCCUUCUGAAGUGGCUAGAAUACACACUCCCACGUCACAGCCAUGCUUUGAUGAAGGGGUGAGAAGCAGUGUUCCCUCUGAGGCAAAUCUCUCUUCAGGCAGCCCCGCAGUCCUCUUCCGAAAUCUCAUUCUUUUCCUUCUCUUCCUCCCCAAAAAGCCCAAACUCAUUGUCAGAGGGGAGAGAGGGGAGAAACAGCAUCCCGACUCCUGUCCAUGGUGUGAACCCUGAGGGCAUAGGACAGUGAGUGGAGCUCUGCCACCACCCCCGUUUCCAGAGCAUGGGUGAGGAGGGAGGGAUGCCGACCUGUUAAUAUUUGCUUCAGACCUUUUCCCCGAUGAACGAAAUCUCCGAAAGCCUUAAAUAAACAUAAAAUGGCUUAGUCAAGCACGAGUGAUAAAGGUGGGAGUCCAAAUUUAGAUCCCACCAAGUUCAAAGGGGGAGGCUAGAACAUUCCAGGGACACACCUACACGCAGAGGGUCUCCAUACAGUGCCAAGGGAGCUGCUCUGCAGACCCACCAGGCAGGGAGGGCCAGGCCUCGGAGGGAGGGACCGGCUGCCCUGCCCAAGGCCCACCUGGACAGGCAAGUCUUCCCUAGUGGGUCAGUCAACUCCACCGCUUAAGGGGUCCUUCCUAUGUAACGGAAUUUUUUUUUUAACAAAAUUAUCAAGUCUCGAAAUGACCUGUAAGGCAGAUGGCUGCAUCCCCACCGUAUGGCUGUGGCUGUUGAGAUGGAACUGGGAAGGGCUGGAGCCUCAGAAACGGCAAAGCGGAAGUUGAGGCGCAGUCUGUUCUUGCUUGAACCCCGAGUUCUCCCGCUGUUGUGCAGCUUUCUAAGAAAGCAAGCUGGAGAGGUCUGAGCAGGAAGAGAGAAGGCGCACGGACACGGGAGGCCUGCACCCUGAUCCCUGAGCAGCCCCCACACACCGGCACCCACGCCCCUCGGUUCUGAUAACCAGGAGGCUUUCUGGUCCGUGCAGCAUCUUCGGACUCUGAGGAGAGGCCUGGGUGGGUGGCCGGCACUCUUAGGUGAGGUGCCAACGAAAACACCCCCGCGGUUGCUGGGGCUUCACUGAUUUGUUUAUAAAAGGAGGGCGAGGCCUGGACAGGAAUAUUUUUAUCCCCGUGAAGACGGAGAGAAUCAGGGCUUCGCGACGGGGCUCAUAGACCUGAACUGGGUCUGCCUGCCUGUGUGCUGGAAGCAAAGGACGGCCCGUCCUCUAAGCUGGCUUUGCAGCUCCAGUAAGAGUCAGAGACUCAUGGGGGCCUGGCUGCCGUCCUGGGAGAGGCCCCGGGAAGCGGCUCGCCCUGUACGCAAGGGCUCUCUGGAGCUCACCCCGCACGCAGGCUGCUCCAGACCUGAAAUCUAGCUGUGAUCCCUGUGGGGCAACUGCACACAGAGGUGCCCAGUUUCAAGGAAACCUAAAGCAGCAGCAAAUUUACGGCUCUUGGAACACGAGGCUGUCAAAGAUAAACACCGCAGGGUAAUCUAGGAAACACUUCCGGCUUGACUGUAAAGAGCCCUGGCCUGCGAACGCUGUUAAAAACAGAUGCAGAUCGCGGGUGGAGACGGCCGGCCGAGCCUUCCCUUUUCUGACAUCCUACAGCAGCACCUUGAUGAAUGAGAACCCGGAAGAACGGAGAUUUUUGAACUCAGCUUCUUGGGUAGGGAGGCAAAUGAAAACAGGCCGAUGUCAGGGGUUUAUUUUAAAAAGCAAUUUCCAAGAAGUGUCCUGGGGUCACCACGCGUUCAGUCCAACUCUUCCCCGCUGCAGUGUUCCCGUGACGAUGAGGCAAAUCCAAACAGUCACCGGAGUCGAGCAAACAUGGCGGCCCCUGCCUCCCCCGGCGGCUCCAGAAUGGCCCUCAGAGGGUCCGCGGCAGCCAGGCCUGUCCAACCUCCUGCCCUCUCUGAGAGGGGCCCGAGCUCUCGCAAGAUUAACCAGAGACAGCACCUACCCGAUUCCACCACUGAGGCCUCCCUCAAUGCCUGCUCCCUAGGCUUUUUAAUGAACGCACUUCUGUUACAUGGUAGGCUUUUUAAUGAACGCACUUCUGUUACAUGGAAACUGAGCCCGGCAUGGCGUCACCUAGCUCCACCCUGGGGCUCCUCUGCUGCCGAGAGCUCUGGCUCUCCUGACUGUGGGCACGGUGUUCAUUUUCUCUCUCAGGCAGGGUGCUCUGCCCGCCACAGUGUGCCUGGUUUUCUGGAUACAGCAUGACGGAACCGUCCCUUCUCAGCAAAGGCCAACACGUCUUUGUUGAGUCCAAGACCACCUUCCGCUCAAGGGCCCUCACCGCGCUUUGUGAGUCUGUCUCGUGAGCCUCCUUCAGUGGUCUGUGACCAGCGGGAAUGAAUGGGGACGUGUUUUGUUCAGGCCUGACUCUUGGACGCUGGUGGCAGCCGUGGGCGCCCACUCACCUGGCACGUGGACAAAGGUGAUGAGCGCGGCUGACGGCUCCCGGGGACAGCGUGGGGUCCAGUCUGAAGCCGACGCCCCUCUCGGUCAGGCUUUCAGCAGCAGAAGGCAGUGGACUCUUCACCAUUUCUUCCAACACUUUCUCACGUAGGAGCUCCACUGUCCCUUCUAACAGGACAGGGCUUGUGCAGCCGGGCUUGGUCUUGUGGUCAGGGAGAAGCGGGCAGGCCAGGGCCGAGCUGCGUCCGGCUCUCAGGGACUUCCUCUCCCUGUGCUCUGCCCACCUGGGGUAGGCCUCUGGAAACAGGGGAGUCACAGAAACCACGGGAAACGGAGUGGGUUGCAAGAGGCAGAGAACACGCUUUUCUCAGGGUCGCUUAACACAGGCAGGGGUACAGGAGAGCUCCGGCCAUUUAUUCCAAAUGUAUGAGCAGGAAGGAAAGAGGGAGGGAAGCUGCAAGAACAGGCGACUCUUUUUUUUUUCCCCAUCUGAAGUGAGAUCAAACUUCUAUCACAUUCUACCUGUGCCCUUCUGGGUGGGUGGUGGCCGUCCUCUUGGGCGCCCCCUUGUGAGGGCUCGAGGCCUUUACUGGAUGGGCAGGAUGCGGGCAGCAGCUGUGCCGGCUGCCAACCCAACUCCUCCGACAGAACGGCAGGUGGCCCCUGUCGGAAGGGGGGUGUCUCUUCAUUCCUGCCAUCCUCCGGCCGCCUCUCCCACCUGCACCACUUGGAGGCAGUUGUUUCACGUGGGGCUCUUGAUGGCAUAACCUGAUGUCUGUCACGGACCCCCGAGCAGCAGCAAUGCCUGAAGAGGGCAAAGGCCAGCACGCCUGGCAGAGCUCCCUCCUCUGCUCCAACAGCAGAGCCCAGAGCAUCCCUUGGCCCCGACGCACAAGUCCCACAAUAGCCUCUCCCAAUGGGAACGACUUAGCCCUAAUUACAUGAGCUUUGAUCACCGCUCGAUUGUAUGGCACAGUUAUUUUUAAAAAUCCAGUCCAAGUGGAAAUACACCUGGAGCAUUUUAUACUGCAGUGAUUGAUGGACGACUUUGAUAUACAAAAUAAAGUGUGUUACUCAGCUAUUCUAUAA